UAAAAAAAGCCGAAACGGAGAGUCUGAACUCCCAUAAGAUCUACAAAGCAAGUGGCUACAAAAUAAUAUAAAAAUGGAAAUAACUAAGAAAAAAGGGAAGAGAAUUUACGAAUAAUUGCUAAUCAAACGGUAGUGAGUUGUCAGCCAAAGGUUUUCUAUCAUGUAUGUGUUCAUGAUGAACUUUCUUCUUUAGAAAAGUUUGUCUUAAGUAAACCGUUUGUUCGCAUGGAAAAAUAAGACGUAGCACUGCUAAGUUUUUCACGUUGGGAGGACAGCCUGUGAAGUUAGGUGGUGAAUAACAGUUAGUGACAACUGAGGAAAAAGUUACAAAGGAAAUAUGCAAAAGAAAAUGAGGCACAAAUCGCCAGGGAACAAAUAAGCAGAAGAGUGAGAGUAGCAUUAAUAUUGGCGUGUGUGUUAUCACGAAUGCAAAAGAAAUCAAGAAACGUGUUGUCAAGAAACUCAGUUUUACUUUGAAUAGACGUAGCUAUAUGCCAUCAGGAUGGAUCCAGGGAAAAUAUUUCAGAUCAUCACAAACAGCACCUUACUCGCAACGCGACUUCUGUCUGGCACUGGGAGGCCACUGAUUGAAUUCACGCAGCACCGCUACUGCGCCACUCUCAGGGAGGAUGAGCCUACUUCUUCUGACGUCAUCACGGUUAUGGCCUCUCAUAAAGAAGGUGCCUCUGUCAAAUACAGCAUCACUGGUGGUAAUCGAGAUGGCCUGUUUACCAUCGACCAGAAGACGGGGCUCAUCACUCUGGCGGCUACGCUGGACUACGAACUCUACGACAAGCACGAACUGGUAGUUUCGGCCGAGGGCGGAGGUCAGGUGGUCCACACGAUGGUUGAGGUGGCUGUGGCAGACGUGAAUGACAAUCCGCCUGUCUUCACUGACCAAGAUCCACACGUCACCGUCAUCGAGGAGGAUGACAGACACCUCCCAACCACUCUCAUGAAGGUUGAGGCCAAGGACCCAGACCAUUCGGACGAAUUUGGGCUUUUGUACACUUUGCGAGGAGAUGGGGUCGAUGGUCAUUCUCCAGAUGAUGCCUUCUUUAAGAUCAAUCCACGCACGGGUGACCUUGUGCAGUUGAGGGCCCUCGACCGUGAUCCCCCAAAUGGGAAAAGAAUAUGGAAGUUGAGAGUCAAAGUUCAGGAUGGUCAGGAACCCUGGAAAGCUACAAAACGACACAAAGGAACGAAAAACACACCAAUGACCUCUAGGGAUCACUCGCCCUCGUGGGACUAUGAAAAUGGGUUGCAGAAUGACCAGCCCACUGAAGAUACUGUUGGAAGAAAUGCUAUAGAAACUAGACCAAACAAAAACAGUGGUUCUAAAUGGGAAAGAUCCAGAGUUCAAGAAGAUGAAACCGUGGUUAGACUGUGGGAGAUAAGAGACAAUGGGUACGAUAUGCUCGCAUCGCUUCAAAAUGGUGGGUCGAGUGCAAGAAAGCACGCGUGGACGCGAGAACUAAACCAAAAGUACAAAGCAAAGCCAUUCUUAUGGACAAGUUUGAGUGACCGACAACACCCGUAUACACAGCAUGCUUGGAAAUUCAAGGAAAUAGGUCACAAAGAUACCAAACAGCUCUCCUGGAAUGACCAAGCUAGGUUUGGUAUUCCCAAGUCUGUAUACAAUUACAAGAAUGAGGAAAACUCAAAUAGAAACAGCUGGGAACUCUCUAAGAGAAUAAGAGACGAGAAAAGAAAAGAUAAAUGGGCCAGUAGUCCUGGAUCCAGAGUAGGGGAGAGGGAAGAACGGGGAGAAGCAACGGAAUUGAGAUUCAUGGGCAGGAGGUCCAACAUAGGCGAUCAUAUUUGGCAUGUUAAUCGGUUAAGAGAAAGCCUUAGUGACCCAACCAACAGAAGAAUAACAGAUGGACAGAGAGCGAAGUUCGAAAAUACAAACCAAGAAAGAGGUUUAAGAGAACGAGGAAUGAAGGACAGAAUUUCACUCAGUAAAUCAAAGUCUGCAGAGUUCUUGGUUUCAUCUCAAGACACUUCAAUUGCAAAUAGUCAAGAAAAGAGCAUUGCAUCGUCGAGAUCAAGAUUGAGCUCUUUUGCUUCAGCUGUCAAAAACCAGAAGACAGAAAUAACAACGAGUGAUGGCGGAGAUCAACAUAAAAAUGUGAAAUCUAACAGAUUUUUCAAAAAGGGUGACAGUACCUGCAAUGGCCAGAUAUCCACAUGUGACCUGCGUCCUAAAGUGAAAGGUAUGAAGCAAAUCAGAGAGAAGAGCCAGUCCUCCUGGAGUAACAGUCUUAAGACCAGAAUUAAAUUCAGGGACGAAACAAAGCUUCAUAAAAUUGAAAGCCCUGCCGAUGAUUCACCUGACCACCUCAUCUCUCCAGACACAUUAAAAGAUACUCAUAUUUCCAGAAACACCAGUUUUAAAUCUUCGACCUCUGAGUGGGAAAAAAUCGGAAGUAUUGAUGAUGAUGGGAAGUUGAGGCAAGAGUCCCGUUUUGUCAAAAAGGCAAAGAGAUCUCCUGGUGGGGUAUUUGAAGCAAAACGCCAAACCAGUAGCAUUUUGAAUGAGAGACCCUCCCUCACUCUGGGAACCAUAGAAUCUAAAACCUCAUCUUCGAGCACAGUGCAUAGUUUGGAAAGUAUACAAGAACCUGGAGAACAAUUCAGAUUUUAUCAUUCAAAUGAUAUUAAGGAAAAGAAAACUGAAAAUAUCCCAGCCCACUUUACAAAAGCUAUAGAAUCAAGUCCUUCGAUUUUAGUGUUCAGUAAUGGCACCAAAAAACCCUCUACAAAUGUACUUCCUGAGAGUGAAAUUGAUUCUGUGAGAAAAGGAGUCAUUGCUAAUAGUGGCCUUUAUUCCAAAGAUGCCAUGGCAAAUUCGAAUAAAGUAAAUGAACGCUUUCAUAAUCUUAUGUCAAACUCUUCAGAACCAACAGCUUCGCCAGAUCCACUUGAUCAGCAAAUGGACGGUUUUACUCCCAGAAAUUCCAGCGAUGCACCAUCACACAAAAUGUCAGCAACUCAAAACUAUCCAAAUAAGAAAUACCUUAGUUCUCACGAGAGACGACAGACCCUCAACGAGAAACUUUUGUUAACGUCGAGUGGCAAACGAAAUAGUUCUUUAUCUGAGACUCAAAACCUCCUCCCUGACUUAGUCGCCAGAAAUCGAAGUACCGAGUCAAGUGUCAGGAAGCGAGAGAGCAAAUGGGUUUUGAAGAAGCCGAGAGGCAAAGGCUGGCUCUCGAGAGGGGCCAGAGACAUCAUCAUGGAAUCUCCUUUCGAUAACUUUGACUCAGACGAGGAACAAUGCUACGAGGCUUCCCGGGUCGGUGUAUCGGUGACCGACGAGGCCGGGAACCGAAAGGAAUAUCCGGUACAUGAGGUGGAGAUACUCGUGACGGUCAUUGUCAAGGACAUUAAUGACAACGCCCCUAUUUUCCCCAACGUCACGAUGUAUGGAGAAGUGCAAGAAAAUGGGCCUGUGGACCUGCCGGUAGUGGAAGUGUCCGCCUGGGAUGCUGAUGACGCCACAGAAGGCUCCAACGCCCGCAUCACCUACGCCAUUGAGAAGAACGUCAUCCACGACAGGUCCGGAGAGGCUGUCUUCAGUGUGCAUCCUCACUCCGGGCUGGUGACGACCGCCCUCUGCUGCCUGGACAGGGAAACCACGCCCGAGUACCAGAUUCAAGUGGUGGCUUCUGACGGAGGAGGACUUAAAGGGACGGGCACAGUGGUGGUUCGCCUGACAGACGAGAACGACAAUUCGCCGCGUCUUGCCCGACAGUACUGGGAGCUGGAAGUGGACGAGACGUGGGGGGACGGUCCCCCCAAUAACAUGACACUCCUGGAGAUGACAGCUGCUGAUCCUGACACAAAGAAUCACUUCUCUUACAAGAUCGUUGAGGAAAGCGGCUGGGGCUGGGACCACUUUGGCAUCCGGUCGACUGGAGCAUCCGGGCAGCUCUAUGCCCUGAGGGCACUCGAUUAUGAGGACGACACCCAUCGCCAGGGAUUCAAGUUCAUGGUACAGGUCACUGAUCGAGGGGAGGGCGGAUGGGUCGACCCUAGACAUCAGGACACAGCUUGGGUGGGCGUGAGGCUCCGAGAUCUCAAUGAUAAUCCGCCUCAGUUUGUCCGUCCUCAUGCCCACGUCACGAUAAGUGAGGACGCCCCUCUGGGCACUUUGCUGACCACUGUGUCCGCCCACGAUCCAGAUGCUGGGGGAGGCGGCCAAGUGGACUACUCGGUGGUGGGCGGCUGGAACUCGCUCCAGGUGGACGAGAGCGGAGGCGUGACGCUGUCCCGCCGUUUGGACCGCGAGGCUGAAGAGGGCGCCCUGGGCAUCGCCAGAAUCCUGGGCACGGACAGAGGGGAGCCGCCCCUGACUGCCACCGCUACCCUAACCAUCACCGUCACAGACGUCAACGACUGCGCCCCUCGAAUUCUUCCUCCGGACGUCCUUCACGUGAGGGAGGGCGACCCUCCCGUCCUGCUCGGCGUUUUGACGGCAACUGACGACGAUAUGUGGUCUCUUGGGCACGGGCCUCCCUUCAGCAUGUCGCUUUCGCCGUCGAAUCCUUCUUAUGUAAUGGAUUUUGUCAGUCUGAAGUUCUAUCAACAUGUCGACAGCGGUCGGGGAGGAGCCGAGUUAUGGACCCGAGGCUCCCUGGAUCGUGAGAGCCAUCGGACGCUCCCUGUGGAGGUCGUGGUUGGCGACGCCGGAGGACUUAAUAGGACGCAGACAGUCACGGUUGUUGUCGACGACAGGAACGACAAUCCCAUGAAACCUGCUGCCAAGACUGUCUAUCUGUGGAAGACCCAGGGCAGCGGGUCAGACGCGCCCCUGGGCCGCGUGUACGUAGACGACCCAGACGACUGGGACGUGGCUGACAAGACCUUCCGGUGGGCGGGGAAGCCUCAUCCCUUGUUUACGCUGAAUGCUGAUGACGGUUCCAUUUUUGCUUCCAGCCUCGUCCGAGAAGGAAGGUACCUGUUGCACUUUGCAGUGAGUGACCGAGUGUGGGGUCAAGUGGAUGUUGCUGCCAACGUUACUGUGGUGGUCAGGACCCUGACUCACGAUGCCCUGACCCACGCUACCCCAGUCAUUCUGACCCCUAUCACUCCAGCCGACUUGACCAGGGGUUGGGCGCCCACAAACGGAGGUGGUGGCCUUGGAAAACUCCUAGAAGCAGUUCACGACAUAAUUUCAGAAGGUCUUCCCUACAAAGUAGAUGUCGUCAGCGUUUACGGGAAUAACGCUCCUCCUGGAAGCACUUCGACCGUCUCCACUUCUCCAGAAACCGAAUCCUCACCCAGUCACCCACAAGAAGGGGAACAACCAGUCAGUUCUAACUCAUCCAGUGAGCCUCCAGCGCCAACAGUCUACGUCUGGGUGAGCGUGAAGAAUGAAAAGGAUGUUUUUGUAGAUCCCGUCAGGCUUCAGGGCAUGUUAUCUCUCCACAAGGACAAGUUGGAGAAAGCCACUGGCCUCUCGGUGUCCCUGAAGGAUCCGCCACCAGUCUUCGAUGAGAAAGGACCCGCCGCCCAGCAGGUCCCUCAGACGGACGCGCUGAGUAGAGGGUAUCCGCCGCACCUCGAAGGACCAGAGGACUCUUCUCUAUCCACUCUCAAGUUGUCCUACGAAGACGCUGCCUCCGUCACCUCUUCGGCUUCGACAGCACUUCCUCUGCAGGUUGUGGACGCGAACGUGACCUCGUUAGUGACUCCUCUCCUCAUUCGAAGGCGCGAGUGUGGGUCCCGGGAGAGCUCGAGAGGCCGUGGCUUCGCUCUCCACGACUCAGACACCUGUGUUCCUUCCAGCUGCCUCAAUGGAGGCAGGUGCCUCAGAUUCCCUUCGGGAAGCAGGUGCGUGUGUCCAGGUGGUUCUUGGGGUCCCCAGUGCAAGAUCCUUUCCAGGACCUUCCGUGGCUCUGGCUGGGUGUGGCUGAAACCUCUCCCUCCGUGUCUGCCCACGACGCUAUCCCUUCGAGUCCUGACGAGCAGACCUCACGGGUUGCUUCUGUAUUCUGGGCCCCUUGACCCACACUCUCAGCCUUUGGGGUCCUCUCACUGGAGUCUCCCGUCGCCCAUGCUAGCUCUGCAAGUGGUCGAGAGGAAGCCUCAGCUCAUCGUCGAAGGGAUUGGCAGUUCUUUCGUUCUCGAAGUCAAUGCGUCUGUCACCGACGGCGAGUGGCACACCAUCCACCUUCACUUGCAUUCACAGGGAGUGGUUUUGAUGGUGGACUUCUGUGGCCUCGGAUGGGAUGAGACGAUCAGCGACGACUCUCACUGCGUUGCCAGGAAGUCCUGGGACCUUCCAGGAGGUCUGAAGGCGUGGGAGGCGCUGGGUCCUCUGCAAAUAGGGGGUCUAGCCCAAGGACCACAGUGGUCAAAGGAUUAUGGAUGGAGUCAAGCUCCUACACCUCAUUCGCUUGAUGGAUGUCUUUCCAAUCUCAAUGUGAAUGAUCAGUUAAUGGACUUGGGCGAGCCAGCAUUCAGCAAAGACAGCACAACUGGCUGCCAACCGCAAGAAACAGCGUGUCCAGGGGUCUCAGGGUCUUGUGGCAUGAGAGGUGCCUGUGCAGGCGGACUGAACCACCCUGAGUGCCGCUGUGACCCUGGGUGGACAGGGCCCAGUUGCAACACCCCAACAGUCCCAGCCACUUUGCGGUCGAAAUCGUACAUGAAACUGGCGCUGUCCUUCACCCCUUCGUCUGGGGUCACGAGCGUCCAGUUGAGGGUCAGGGCGCUCGGAGAGCCGACGGGGAUGCUCGUUCGUCUUGCUGCUCAGCACACACACCAUUCGUUUACUGUUCAGCUUCGAGCCGGAGUGGCAUGCGCGUCAGUGUCCGGAGCAGGGUGGGCAGCCAGGGGUGCCUGCGUCGAGGGGAGGCCCGUGGGCGACGGUCACUGGCACACUGUCAGAGCAGAGAGACACGGGCAUAAUCUCCUCAUCAGCGUCGAUGGAGGAGACGAAUGGCGGGUCAACAGAUCGAUCCCUUCUUUAGUGCCCGAGGAAACCAGUCUGCAGGAGGAGGAUAUCGUGGGUCCGCCUGUACCUUCGGAGAUCGACAAGCUUGAUGGAGUGACGGUCGGUGGACUUCCCGAGUUCCUGGGCGUCAAACUUGUGACUGUUGGAGAUGACCUGCAAGACGCAUGCAUAGACGACCUUAGAGUGUCAGAUCGCCAGCUGCCGCUUCCCCCAGCAGUCAACGGCAGCACCUGGGGCCAAGUGACCACCUUAAAUGGGUUCAUGAAGGGGUGCAACCCUCCCCCCUCUUGCCUGAACACGACCUGUGAUCCCCCGCUGUCCUGCCACGCCUCCUGGACGCAGCCUUCUUGCAGCUGCGGUUCCGGGCGACAUCUGGUGGGAUCUGCGUGUGAGGACACGAAUGAGUGUCUGAUGGAGCCGUGUCUGCACGGAGGGACCUGCCAUGACCUCAGGCCAGGCUACCUUUGCCUCUGCAGGCCGAACCACUUCGGCAGCAACUGCGAGUGGACUGAACUCUCCAGCACAGGCCACCCACUAACCGCGCCAGCAGCCAUAGCGGCCGUUACGCUGUCGCUCCUCGUUUUAGUUCUCUUGGGAGUGUGUCUCUCCAUACGACACCACCGACUACGAACAGCCAGGGCUUUGGGUCGCCAGGAGACGCAACAGAGCCCCGACAAGACUCCAUCAUAGCCGUCAAAAUAGGAAGCAAAGGAUCGGUGAUGACUCUGGACUCGGAGAAGAAGGAAAUGUUCCUGGGGCUGAGGAGCGGAUGGAAGGAAACGGGCGGAAUAACCAAAGCGAUGAUGAUGACCACCAAAAGAAAAG